AGGGCUCAUCCGGCCGAGGAGGUCUACGUUACCGGCACUUUCGACAACUGGACUAAGAGCGAGAAGUUGGAAAAGGUCGGCAGCUCUUUCGAGAAGACCGUCACACUCGCCGACGCAUCGGAAAAGAUCUACUAUAAGGUUCGUACCAGCCAAUUCAGGCGCUUUCUCUUGUACCCGUAA